UUGCAAGACAUAAGAACAAAUAAUGGAAUUAGAGGACUACUAUGAAAAUGCUAAUAACAGACAUUUUAUGAACACAACUGGACCUCAAAGACACAGCCAGGAUGAAGGAAAAGCGCGAAAUCACAGAGGAUGUCGAUGUUUGGUGUCUAUCACAGUGUGUCUCGGGAUCCUUUGUCUUCUGAUUGCGGCCGUCAUUCUUCACCACUUUCAGCAUACUAACUGCACUUCUAAACAAGGAUUUCUGUGGGGUCCAGAUGGCUUGUUUUUGUCCAGUUCGCCGAUGACCUGGUCUGAGAGCAGACAGUACUGCAGAUAUCGAGGAGCUGAUCUGGUCAUUAUCAACACUGAAGAGAAGCAGAGGCACAUAACUUCAUUAGUCAAGGAGAGUGUGUGGAUUGGUUUGGCUGAGAUUGAGACUGAAGGAAUCAUAAAAUGGGUGGAUAAUUCACCACUGAAACAAGGGUUUUGGGCUCAAGGUGAGCCGAACGGUGGUGCACAUGAGAACUGUAUUGAACUGUAUCCUGGAAAUCACCCCCUGAACAACUGGAAUGAUCAAAGAUGCUCUGCGAAGAGAAAAGGGAUUUGUGAGAAAUAGGGAUCAUCCUGUUUUUUCAUGCUUAAACUUGUAUUAUCUUAUGGAUUCAAUCCAUAUUGAACACAUAAUUUAUUUUAAAGAGUCCUGUCUUUUUAAACAAUGCAAGUUUAAUUCAUCAAGCUGAAGUCAGUUGUAGUUCUUGUGUUUCUCUAUUUUCUGUUUUUGUGUUCAUCUUUCCUUCAGUGAUUCUGCUUGUUAACAGCAGGUGUUCAUCACUAAUGCUCAACAAUCACUUACAUAUUCCCUUAAUUAUCUCACUGCAACACUGUCAAUGUUACUUUUUAUUCUUUGUAGUGUGGAUUUUCCUGAGGGGUAGAAAGGGUUAACAGUGUAAGAUAAAAAAGACACACCCACAAAAUGUAUUUUAACAGUAAUGAACUGUAUAUUAUUAAACAGGUAAAUACUGGCAACACUGUUUUUGGUCACCGUUGUGCUGAAGAGUAGACGUCUGUGCUUCAGUCCAGGAGAAGAUCAACAAACAUUGAUGAUACACUGCAUGUUGCUUGAAGGGUUAGUUCAUCCAAAAAUGAAAAUUAUGUCAUUAAUGACUCUCCCUCAUGUCGUCACA